UAUCGGAGUAUAUAGGAUUUUUGUGUAGUCUUGUCAAAGUUCAAAUAAGGCUGAGAUUUUUUUACCCUCCUAGAAAUACCAAAGAAUUAAUCUGCUAUGUUUUUCCCUAAUUCCAGGUAUAAACCUUGAAGUUAUUUACUGUUGUAUUUUCAGGAGCCCAUUAAUAUACUCACAGAUUUAUAGUAUGACCUGAAAUAAUCUGAAUACUGCGAUUUUAAACCAGCUUUGUUGCUUAAAUCCAGUCCUCUGCACUGGGCUGUUUAAUUCCCAUUGCUGUUCAGGUAUGUGUUCAGGAACAGCAAUACCAGCAUCAUGCACUUACUGUUAAUCAAUGACACACAUUUGGGCCACUUUUAUCCUACAUCAUAAGGUGGGGAUGAGUGGGGAACUCAUCAUUACUGCUGCAUGGAGACUGCUGUUAGGUUUAGGCAAUUUGCACAGACUUCCAGGAUUUUAAAACAAAAUUUAAAUGCUUCACAUGUUUAAAGACAACAUCAUCUUAUUUAGAUUUUUCCUGUAUCAUCAGAAGUCCUUGCAUUAAUCUGACUAGAGCUGAAAGGGUGUUAACACAGAGACUUGUGAACUACUUUUUUAAAAAAUUAUUCCUUCAUUUAUCACUUGAACAGCUUAUUAAAUUUACUAAACUAUUUGUUUGGUAGCACCAGUUAUUAGAUGCUCAAAUUUUCUUUGACCAACAAGAAAGAUGGAAAAUUAUCUAGUUAGGUCUUCAAAGAAGGAAGGACAUUUACAAGUUUUAUUUGAAUCAUAAUCAUUUUAACUGAAAUUGGGAAAUGUUGGUUAGUGUUCUUAACUUUUUAUCAAAUUUACUUUAGUUUACCAAAUUAAAACCUUCACUCAGUAAAUUGUAAAUUGUUACUGGGAGAAGAGUCUGAUACCCACCUCAUCACAGCCUCCUUCCAGGUAGUUGUAGCAAACUGACAUUAAUUCAUUUUCUUUUGCCUGCAGUUCAUAUCACAAAAUGUGCUACUGACUCAUGCAGCUGUUUGUUUCUGCUUUUGGAGUAUGAAUAGAGCAAUAGUUUGCAUCCAGAACUUCCCCUGCUGAAGCCUGUAGUUAGAAAAAUUUUAACAAAUAUUUUUCCAGAGUUAUGUAAUCAGAUAUGACUCAAGGCUACUGUAUUAUUUCAUUAGAUUCCUUAAAUUUUUCAGAGGGGGGCUUGACUCUUGAAACUCAAAUACAAUUUCGGUUGCAUGGUUUUAAUUAGUACAGAAUACUGUAAGAUUAUUAAUUCUAAAGGUCUGAGAGACCUAACUCUUAGGCAUUGAGAGUACGUGUAAAGAAGAGCUUUUGUGUAAUCCAGCAUAGUAUAAAUAGCAUCCAUCUAAUUAACGGCUUAGGAGGUUAUGUGUAGUGCUUGUCAGGAGGUGUAUCAUUUUUGUCAUAUUUUGCCUGUGAUACAAGUGACCCCAUGAAAAAUUCAGAUGGAACAUUUGGGACUUUAUUUCAAAAUUGGAGUAGUGUGAUUUCCCAAGUCUCUCUAUUCAUUGAGUUUUGCUUCAUGAAGUUUGGAUGAUAACGACUAUUCUUUCUGCUGGUGAAUUCUGCUAUUUAUUAACAAAUCUUAAAUGUGAUUAUUUUAAAGAUGGCUUCACAUGUGAGACUUUAUACUCCCAGGAUUGAUAAGAGUUUUGUUUUCAGUGAAACCAGAAAGGGGUCCAAGAGGCUUCUGUUUCACUUGCAUGAACAGGAAAGAAAAUACAGGUGUGAUUCUGACAUGCUUGUUUCGCCUCUCUGUAACUUUCAAAUACAAUAGAGUAGUGUCUGCAUUCAGUAAGUGGCUAAAUCUAAAGCCAUGUUUGAAGGCCUCUCGUGAUUGCAUAGGUGCUGCAGAAAAGUGGAGACUCGCCGUGUUUUCCUCUGCUCUUCACCUAGAGAAGGGUCUGGGGGUGGGUCCCUGCUCUCUGCUGGCCUUUGUCUAUCCAGUUCUGCAGCUGUUUGCCAGCUUUACCCAUCUGUGUGUAAGAACUAGGAGCAUUAGUAUUACCCAGUGGCUGGGUAGGAGAAAACCCAACAAAUUAAUACACAUUUUGUAGAGAAAUUCAUUCUGUUCUGUGUUCAUUCCCAGGUAUGUAAGUAGAGGGUAAGAACUAGGCAGCCAGGGAUAAGCAACCAGAGAAGCUUAAACUAGAUGAGCAAUUGUAGUUCCUGUAGCACCUGGUCAGCCACAGCUGAGCAAGUAGGGAGUGUUUGAGGGGAGGAAUGGCCGCAGUUAAAAUGCAUGAAUGCUCAGCUCUUGUCAUUCCCAGAUGUGGUCCAGCAAGUCCAUUUAAAGGACACUUAAGUAAUAAAAGUAAUGCUUUCUGCAUUGGCUCCUCUCGAAAUCUAGCUAGCCAAUACCUGAUCAGAGAUCACAUGGUGGUUCAUUAUAAUAGAAUUCUUUCAGCCAAAGCAGCUGUAGACUGUUCAUUGCCCAAAAGUAGGUUGGCCAGCAUCAAACUUGCUGACCAGCAAAGAAGAGAGAAACUGAAAAAGAAGAUAGCCAGGUGUGGAGAGAAGUUAAGUGUGUGUGAAGCUGUCUCUCCAUCCCGUCCAAGAGACCGUGGACGGCUGCUGCCAUCCUCUUUUAGAAAGAGUCUCUUGGAAGCAGAAGACGGUGUCUCACCCUCUGCUGGGCAGGCACAGUACCUAUCAGGAGCACCAUCUGCUUACGGCGAGGAUUGCUUGGUUCACUCUAGUCCAGUGAAAUGCACCAGGAAAUGUUCUCAGAAUCCAGCCGGGGCAUCCCACUCAAGUGUCUGUGUGUCACGGCCACCAGGCAAACGCUCCGCGUUUCCCCGCAGUCGCUCCAUCGAGAGUUUUGUGAGCGUUGGUUGUUCCCAGAGGUGCCAAGGACACCACCCCCGAGCCAGCGGCGGGGAUCUUCUAGAGAGGCACUCUGAGUACUUCACUAAGAGCCGGAAACCUUUCACUCCACGCACUUUAGUAUCAGAUGCUAAACCUUUCCUGUCAGAGUACAGGUUUUACACUCCUGCUCGAAGGAAGAAGAAAAAUCACCGCAAGCAGCGUGUGGAAGCUCAAACACAGACUGAUAUCAUCAGCUUUCCACCUGCAGACAAAGUGCCUGUGAGGAAAGUUACGAGUGAAAAGCAGAAGAUCAAAUCAAAGGCUGAAGAUAAAAGAUAUACUUUGGAUGAGCCUGAGAGAGGAAUAGAUGAUUUUCAACAAUCCAUCCUAAGAGAGACAUCAUGGUGUCCUCAGAAGUCUUCACCAAAGAGAGCUGUCGAUGCUGAAGAAGAGGAGCUUUUGUAUUUAACUUUCAUUGAAGAAGUAACAAAUGAAAUUCUUAGACUUGGCUUAUUUUCUAACAGGAUUCUGGAUCAACUGUUUGAGUGCCAUAUAGAAGAAAAUAAGAACCGCCUUGAUGAGGCCAAAAUGCGCCAGAUGUUGGAUGUGCUGAAAUCAGACCUUGGCUGCAGCCAGGACAGCGACACAGAGCUAACCCAUGCAGGUCAGGAAGCCUCGGGCCCACUGGAUCAGCAGGAGUGUGAUACGACAGAAGAGCUCACGUUUGCCAGUAAAGGUCACAGGCUGAGGAAAGCUACAAAAAAUGAAGAAUUCCUUGAGACCGUGGACUUUUCAUUAAAGAAACCAAACAAAUGUGGAUCACCAUCCCGGAGCAAAAGGUCAAGGGAGACACAGGGCAAGGAGAACUUCUCAGAAGAUACCAUGGAAAUGAUGGGUGCUGGGAGAGAGUCUGAUUUCUGUGGUGCGGAAUUUGAAGAACACCCAGACACUUCACCCACCUGUGAGGCAGCUUUAAAUUUGUUUACUUGUGACAGUGAUUUUGAAGUCAAUAAGGAACUUGAUGAACUUGAUGAAAACUUUGCAGACGCCCUUCACAUUUCACAUAACCAUUCAUAACUGUAACCAAAACUUACCUGUUAAACAGGGAUAGAGCUCCUUCUGUGGUAAACUGCCAUUUGUCAACCAAUAGUAAAUUGUUAGGUUUAUUUUCAGUUAUUUCUGUUUAAAUACUGCUAAGAUCUCUGUAGCAGGAUACUAAUAAUUGAGCAUUAAUCUCUGUAUAAAUUAGAUCUUAAAGGAUAAAGGGUCAGUUAUCAGAAUAAUUUUUUGUAUUUUUCCCAUAAUUGUAUAACUCGAAACAAACUUGAGAAUAUUAAAACUAGAUUUAUAUUUUUAGAGCUGUAAUAAUAAGUUAUGGAAUAUUUAUUGAUUUAAGUAAACUAAUUGAUAGCACAGUUGUGGUCCUGCUAUAAAGGUCUGAGAUGUUGUAGUCUGCAACAAUUCAACAACUUAACAUAAACUUAACAUCAAACAAUGUCCUCUUCCAGAAUGGACAAGCUGUUCCACCAUAAUAGUGUACUAUGUUACCACUUGCAGAAGCCCACAAGUGAAAAAUCAAACUAUUUCACAAGAAGAAAAUCCAAAUUUUAACAGAUCUAUGUAGAUUAAUGACUGCAGCUUUUUAUUUUCAGUUCUUUACUGAAUGAGACUGCUAAGUUCAAUUUCUUGCACUGAUGACAGCCAUGGCAUAGCUUUCUGCAUCAAGCUUUGGUUUUGGAAAAGGAUUGAAUUGCUUACUCUUUGAUGACUAGGACUGUGUAGAAGAAGACACAUCAGGCACCUUGUACAGCAAAUGGAAAAGAGGUGUUGUAUUUUCUGGUUUAGGUUUAAAUUGAAGCUAGUACAUGCAAUGCAUGAAAUCAACCCAAGUGUUAUUGUUUAAUCAGAGUACAGCUAUUGCCUGACAUUCCUGUUGCUGCAGAAUGAGCUUAACAGGUUCUGAGGAAAUGCUGGCAAGUUACAUUGUCUUGCUGUAGGUAAGGAACUAGGAGAAGUCUUAGGAAACUUGGAUAAAGCCUGUCCUCUGAUAUCUCCUAGGGUCAGUUUCUAACCUUCUUCCUCCCAGGACAAGGCCAAGUUGUACUAGUUCUUACAUAACAACUGCCACCACCUUCCUCCCUUGUGCCUCGUGAGCAUCGACCAGAGUCUGUGACUCCAUCGGUCAGAUGACCCUUUGCAGCUCAAAGGAGCUCCAAUAGACACAGACCACUGCUUCACUUGGGAAGCAUAAACUUUUAGACAAAAAGGAAAUGUCAAAAAACAGCUAGAGGAAGCCAGUCAGAGAAAAACAUGUCUGGCACAAUCACAGCACUGCAGUGCAAAACGUAGUUCCCAAAGAAAGCAAAAGGCACUUUCCUGGGUGCCUUGUCCACAAUAAUAAAUUGCUCUUGUUGACAAUGACAGGAGACCAGAGUUUAUUUUAGCCAGAUUCAUGUGGCUGGGCAGAUGGGCACCAGCCUUUCAUCUGCCACACUCAGUUGGCUGCCUUGUAAAUCUGGGCUGUAGCAUGAGUGCUCUGGCUCACUGAAAAGCAGGUGAGAUAAUGUGAAGACUUCUACAUCCCCCCAUCAGAGCCUGUCUUGUUGAAAAGAUGUGACCACAGAGCUGAGUCGGUACAGUGCAGGGAGGGUUUGUCCUCAAUCACAAGUGGUCACAGACCUUCUCCUAUCCUCAAGGAAACUCCCUCUCUAUUCCUUAUCCCAGAGAGCUGAACAGAAGGGAUGCCCUAGGAAGCUUGUUUAUAUUUUACAAAGAAUUCUGACACACAAGGACUGGUUUGAAAACUAAAGAGUGUGCUUUGAUGCAUACAAGUAUAAAGCCUCUUUUCUCCUCAGACAGGACUUCACCCAUUCUUCGGGCCCUCCAUUCCAAGUUCUCCGUUCUUGGUCAAUAAGUGGAAUUUAAGGUUUUUUCCCCUUCCUAUCUCUACACUUGUGACUUGUACAUCAUAAAAAAUGUCACUCAGCAAACUUUGGCUUCUUGUCUGCAUGAGUCUGAUUAAAGAUUAGUAAGAAUUUCACAUUCAAGUUCUGUAAAUGCAAAAAUACUGUAGGAAAACACCACAGCAGUGAACCUCACAGAAAGGCGCAAGUAAUGACAUACUCAUUUCCUGUAAUACAAGUAACAUAAAAAUAAAUAAAAACCUUGACCAUAUUUCCUGUU